AUGCCUGCGCCGCGAAGGCCACCUACGUUCAAUACGCUUGCUCGCGAAGAGGCAUUCAGGAAUCCGCCGAAGAAUGGCGCGACAUACUCCAUCCUCAACGAGUUUGUCGCCCCACACAUCGAAUCUUUCAACAAUCUCUUCGACGACGGCGACCGACGCGGGUUGAUAUCCCUUGGAGUAGAGAGCAUUGGAAAGCGUGUAGUGUUCGAUGGGAGUGGGAAGGAGAGUGGUUCUUGGGGCAACCGAAUGCAAUUUUGGAUUGAGGACGUUGCAAUUGGACGACCGAUGGUACCGGAGAAAGACAAACACUCCAUCAAUCGCAAAGUAUUUCCUGCUGAGGCAAGAGAGCGAUUAACUUCAUAUCGGGGCAAAAUGACCAUAAAACUCUGUUGGAAUGACCCCCAAGGUCAAAGACAUGAAAUGCACAAGGAAUGUGGUCUCGUCCCAAUAAUGGUUCGCUCUGUGCGAUGUAACAUCGCCGGAAUGUCUUCUGCAGACCUCGUCAAAAAGCAUGAAGAGCCGGAAGAGUUCGGUGGCUACUUUAUCAUCAAUGGAAACGAGCGUCUCAUCCGGUACCUCAUUCUACCCCGCCGAAAUCAUGUCAUUUCCCUCCUUCGACCCACAUUUGCUGCUCGUGGACCUUCAUACACACAGUACGCCGUUCAAAUCCGUUGCGUUCGCCCAGACGAAACCGCAGUCACAAACACACUGCACUACCUCUCUAAUGGGAGUGCAAUGCUUCGUUUUAGCUGGCGGAAGCAGGAAUAUGUUAUUCCCAUCAUGCUCGUCCUCAAAGCUCUUGUUGGAGCAUCAGACAAGGAAAUAUUCGAGGGCGUCAUGAUGCAGGACUACGGCAACACCUUUUUAAGCGAUCGCGUUGAGCUGCUUUUACGCAGUUUCAAGAUGUUCACAUUGAGCACUGGCGACCAAUGUCUCGAAUACCUUGGCGAUAAAUUCCGCGUCGUUCUAAACACCCCGGAGGAUUGGACCAACUCUGCAGUAGGAGCGCAUCUAAUCAAUAAACUCAUUCUCGUCCACCUGGAAAACCCGCGCGAUAAAUACCGCAUGCUAAUUUUUAUGCUCCGCAAGCUAUACGCCUUAGUGUCCAACUCAUGCUGCGCCGACAAUCCCGAUUCUCCUCAACACCAAGAAGUUCUUCUUCCUGGCCACCUUUACGCAAUGAUAAUCAAGGAAAGGUUAGAAGAAAUCCUCAAUGCUAUCCGAACGAGCAUCAGCCUUGAUGUGCGGAACGAUGUCGUGGUCGACUUCAAUGACAAGAAAUAUCUUCAGAAGAUUCUGAGUAAGAUCAGCUUCGACAUUGGCGCCAAACUCGCCAACUUCCUUGCCACCGGCAACCUCGUUUCACCCACAGGUCUCGACCUACAGCAAGCAUCAGGCUUUACCAUUGUUGCUGAAAAGCUCAACUGGUUACGGUACAUCAGUCACUUUCGAUGUAUUCACCGUGGUGCUUUCUUCGCCGAACUUAAAACGACCACUGUCCGUAAACUUCUUCCCGAAGCCUGGGGUUUCCUCUGCCCUGUUCACACACCCGAUGGUUCUCCUUGCGGUCUCCUUAAUCAUCUCUCCCGAACUUGCCGAAUUGUUACCGCCACCCUUGCUGUCGGGCAUAUCCCCGCCGUCCUCUCCGCUCAUGGUAUGACCCAGGCAUUCUCCGCUGCGUCUGUUGAUGGUCGGAAGAACAUUUGUGUUCAACUCGACGGUUGUGUUAUCGGCUGGGCACGGCCUGCCGUUGCCAAACAACUCGCAACUAAUUUACGAAUAUGGAAGACGGAGGGUCUGAACGAUAUACCUCUGGAUCUUGAAGUUGGAUUGGUUCUCGAGUCAAGGGGCGGACAAUACCCUGGCCUGUUCUUGUUCUCUUCGCGGUCGCGGAUGAUGAGGCCUGUGAAGUAUCUUGCAAACGGCCGAGACGAUCAGGUUGGACCGUUUGAGCAGGUUUAUAUGGACAUCGCUUGCACUCCGGAGGAGAUCGAGGUUGGCACCUCCUCCCAUGUCGAGCAUAACCCGACCAACUUUUUGUCGAUUCUGGCAAAUCUGACACCGUUUUCGGACUUCAACCAGAGUCCCCGUAACAUCUACCAGUGUCAGAUGGGUAAACAAACUAUGGGGACACCAUCGACCGCUCUGCAACAUCGGACAGACAAUAAACUCUACCGUCUCCAAACAGGACAGACACCAGUCGUUCGACCUGCCCUCCACAACACCUAUGCUAUGGACGCCUACCCCAAUGGAACCAACGCCAUUGUGGCCGUCAUCUCCUAUACGGGCUACGACAUGGAGGACGCGAUGAUUCUCAACAAGUCUGCUCACGAAAGAGGUUUUGGCUACGGGACUGUAUACAAGUCCCAAGUAGUUGACCUACGCGACCUGCCAGGAUCUACAAAGACUGGCCCUGCACAGCUGCAUUUCGGUUUGGGCAAAGAAAUCACUAGAAGACCGGAGGACGACCCUCAUCAUUGUCUGCAGACACUUGAUGUAGACGGACUGCCCUUUGUUGGUGCACAUCUCUCCACUGGCGACCCAAUAGCGGGUUACAUUGACGACACGACCGGACGAACGCGGUUUGCCAAGUACAAAGGUGACGAGAUGGCGAUUGUGGAUCAAGUACGGAUGCUAGGUUCGGACGCCGGAGAUUCCGAGCUGCAGAAAAUCCAGGUCACGUUACGAAUAACGCGGUCACCUGUCAUCGGUGACAAAUUCUCAUCACGACAUGGACAAAAAGGUGUCUGCUCGCAGAAAUGGCCCGCGAUCGACAUGCCUUUCAGCGAGAGCGGGAUGCAGCCUGAUGUCAUCAUUAACCCUCACGCGUUCCCCAGUCGAAUGACGAUUGGAAUGUUGGUCGAGAGUAUGGCCGGUAAAGCAGGGGCAAUGCAUGGUCUGGCACAGGACGCGACGCCGUUCAAAUUCACCGAGGAGGACACUGCAAUCGACUAUUUCGGCGAGCAGCUUCUUGCUGCCGGGUACAACUACUACGGCAACGAACCGAUGUAUUCUGGCAUCACCGGCCAGGAAUUUGCGGCUGACAUCUACAUCGGUGUUGUUUAUUACCAACGCCUACGACACAUGGUGCUUGAUAAAUUUCAGGUUCGAACAACUGGCCCUGUUGACCCUGUUACUCGUCAACCUGUCAAGGGCCGCAAACGCGCUGGAGGUAUCCGAUUCGGGGAAAUGGAGCGUGAUGCACUGCUUGCUCACGGGACUUCCUUCCUCCUCCAAGAUCGCCUUAUGAACUGUUCAGACUACUCGACUGCCUGGGUGUGUCGGACAUGCGGCAGCCUGAUUUCUCUUGGCUAUGAAGACGUCAGUCUCGGCUCAGUCGCCACCUCUGGUUCAAUCCGCCCCACUGGCCCGGGUGGGGAAUACUGUCGCGUGUGUCGCGCAGCUGCGGAGCAAGAUGACGAGCGUCAAAGGGCCGCAUUGGCGAACGGAGACGCUGCCACUCCACCGCCAAAAGCUGAUUUACACGUUGCCAUUACUUCGCAACACGUCCUUGGACGCGCAUCAAAAGGCGGCGACCUCGAUGUCGUUGCUGUACCCUACGUGUUCCGAUACCUUUGCGCGGAACUCGCCUCAAUGGGAAUCGCUGUCUCUCUUGCUGUCUCUUAG